CUGGCGGAGAGUUCCCCCACAAAGCCGCACCUCACCCGGAAGAGAAGGAGCGAGGUUAACGACGGCGGAGACGUUUGUUGUGGGGGGUCGGCGGUGUUUCUGAAGUUAUUCAGAUAAUACAGUAAAUAACCAGCUCCCAGCGGAGGUGCUCUUUUUUUUCCCCCACGGUGGGUUUAGUGUUGCUGAACACGCAUUAGCGAUGUCGGUCCCGCCUCCUAAUCGCUCGGCCGCCGGCUCGCGCAGCACUGCUGUCCAGUUUGGGAACAAAUACGGGCCCGCGAAGCCGCUCACCCUGGAGAGGACUAUCAACUUGUACCCCCUCACCAACUACACAUUUGGCACCAAGGAGCCUCGUAUGAGAAGGACAGCUCGGUGGCAGCCCGGUUUCCAGCGGAUGCGGGAAGAGUUUGAUAAGAUGGGGCAGGCGGAGGACAGUGGAGGGUGUCCUCAUGUCCAUGAACACAGACUGCCUCAUGUGUUACUUCUCCAGCUCGGCACAACUUUUUUCAAACUGCCCGGUGGGAGUUUGAACCCUGGAGAAGAUGAGGUGGAGGGUCUGAAGCGCCUGAUGACAGAGAUCCUCGGGCGGCAGGAUGGGGUGAAGCAGGACUGGGUGAUCGAUGACUGUAUCGGUAACUGGUGGCGCCCCAACUUUGAGCCUCCACAGUAUCCCUAUAUUCCAGCUCACAUCACUAAACCUAAGGAGCAUAAGAAGCUGUUCCUGGUCCAGCUGCAGGAAAAAGCGCUGUUCGCCGUGCAAAACUAUAAACUGGUGGCUGCACCGUUGUUUGAACUGUAUGACAAUGCUCCUGGGUAUGGACCAAUCAUUUCCAGUUUACCACAGCUACUGAGCAGGUUUAACUUCAUCUACAACUAACUUGAGUGAUAAGAAGUACGCGCGGCUGUCUCUGUGAGUGCGGCCCCUCUUUCAGAAACUGUGUGGUGAAAAAGACUUCCACCUCUGCGCCAUCUUUCACAAAACAAAUGCUUGUCAUGUCAGGUAUAUCUGCAGACCAGAAGGGUGUUUAUACUGUUGUAAUAAGACUAUGAAAAUGUCCGAGUGUUUUUGUUUUUUUUUUCUUUUUAAUCUUUACAAAGUGCUAGUUUUUGUAGGUCUGAAUUCUAGUGCGUUACAAAUCUGAUUUUAUGUCCUUUUUGUCAGAGGCCAGUGUUUGAUUAAACAAACUGCAACAUUGA